CAUGCCAGGUGAUGAAAUUGCUCGGUGUGGUAGCGGAGUGGCGUCGUUCAAGAACAAGACUGUGAUAUUUAAUCAAGACAAUGGCAAUCUAACAAUAUUGGAUAUAGGCCUUGCAGAUGAAGCCGUGUUUGAAUGUUUCGUGUAUGGACAAUACAUCAGUCAUACAAACACAACAAGAGUCGACGUAAAAAAGGCUAAUUUUGGUGUUCAGGCAGAAAACAUUCUUACUUCUGGAGAAGGGGAGGACGUUUCAUUGCCGUGCUCUGUGGUCGACAGCGGCACAACUGAUCAAAGAAGUUUCACUUUUGAGUGGUCACUCAACGGCACCAUACUGCAGUCUUGCAAUCCAUCAGACGAGGUCAUUUAUUCCGUCGACCAGACGGGAAAGUACGCGCUUCAUCACGGCAAGACAAGCUGUAAUCUUACGAUUCUAAACUUGAACUUGAAGGACGAAGGAAGACACCAAUGUGACGUUCAUGACUCCUUCUACAACCAGUCCAACUACAAUUCUACAACAAUUGUCGUUGCGUCAACAAUCACAUCAACGGAAAUUGUUCUUGCUUCUGAACCAUUAUCAAUGACAGCAACAAACUACAUGAGAGAUGUUGGAACGACUAAGUUCAAAACAACACAGAUUACAGCUGAACCGUCAUUAACCACAACAUUGCCAGCAGAAACAAACUUUAAUGGAGCUGUGAAACCUAAAAUCGUAACACUGAAAACGGGACAAGGGUCUGGAGAUACUCCGUUGGAAUCUGCUCGGAAAGAUGCUGUUUUGAUCACAGCUGUGUCAUCCGGACUUUUCCUGGUCGCAAUAAGCCUGCUGGUUGUCGCAUCGAGGCUUCGUAAAGACCGUCAUUCUGCUGUCCAGAUCAACCAAACCAAUGAUGCGAACAGAGCUACUGUGACUUUCAGACGAGCCCCUUCACCAGGAAGCAUUCGAAUUGGACCCAAUCUGUCAAGCAGAUUUGAACAACAAGAUGCAGAAACAGCCUAUGCAGAAGUUAGAGAGAUUGGCGACCAUGCAACAUCGACAACCGAUAAUCGCAAUGUCAUAGCACAUACAUAUGCUGAGUCGAGGCUGAAUUUGUCUGAAGAGGAUGAAGCCCCAAGCCCGCCCCCACCGCCUCGUGGAAUUUUGUAUCCACCACCACAUUGGCUGUGGCAAUGAGUAAUAAGGAACAUUAGCUUGCAUAGCGAAACAGCAACAAACAAUAAACUACGCGAUCAAUUUAAAGACACUGGAUACUAUUAGUAAUUGUCAAAGAGCAG